AUGUCAUUCGUAGAUACUUGGCCUACGACUAAGGAAACAUGCCCAAAAUGUGGCGCGAAGGAAGUUCGAUACACGGCGCUUCAAUUGAGAAGCGCUGAUGAAGGAACUACUGUAUUCUAUCACUGUCCGAACUGCUCAGAGAGGUAUGCACAUGCACGCUGA